AUAGAUGAAAAUCAACCAAUAUUGUCUGAUUAAAACCAAAUACAGGUGUGCUUCUUUCCAGUUCUCCUCCCACUGUAUGGUCCAGGGACCAGGGUUAUAAGUAUGGGCGAAAGGUAGCCAGCCUGUUUUUUUUCCUGUUUGAAGAUAAGAGAAGAAGAGAAGAGCCAAGAUGAGCUAUCUGAACAGAGUCUUUGUGAUUACACUGUUUUUUGUUGUUUUAGUCCGGAUGUCCAGUCAAAAUGAGACAAUCACAUGGUGUGUGCUGUCAGAUGCAGAGGAGCAGAAAUGUCUGGAUUUUGCUGUGCAUUCCUCAGGGAAGAAACUUCAUGGCAAGCUUCACUGUACCAGAGCAUACAACAGUAUAGACUGCAUGGAGAAAAUAAAGAAUGGCACAGCUGAUGCAGCUACCAUGGCAGGAGAUGAUAUUUACGCUGCAGGUUGGUGUUAUGGACUGGAACUUGCUGCUGGGGAAUCCUACAAUGCAAUAGAUGGCAUCAGCUAUUAUGUCGUUGCUUUGGCACGGAAGUCAUCCAGUGACAUCUCCAUGCUGGAGAUGCAUGAAAGGAGCUCCUGCCACCCAGGAAUCCAAACCACAGUUGGCUGGACGGUGCCUAUUGGAUUUCUGAUGAAUACAUCGCAGAUCAGUGUGGAUGAACAGUGCAAUUUCCCAAAGGCUGUUGGGGAUUUCUUUGGCUACAGCUGUGUUCCGGGAGUGAAGGACCCAGAGUACGACCCCAAAGGAAACAACCCUAAAAACCUGUGUGAGGCAUGUAUCGGAGAUGAUAACGACGGGAACAUCUGUGCCAACGACCCCUCUGAGCGCCACUUCGGUGAGGCGGGAGCACUUAGGUGUGUCGCAGAAAAUCUUGGUGAUGUGGCUUUUGUCAAACACUCCACAGUUUCUGAUACCAUGAAUGUUAAAGACCCUGAAUCCUGGGUAAAGGAACUGGAGCUUGACGACUUGAAGCUGCUGUGUCCAGACGGCACGGAGGCCGCCCUGACAGAGCACAGGAAGUGUAACCUGGCGGCUGUCCCUGCAAGCGCUGUGGUGGUGCGCCCGGAGGAUAAGUGCAGAGUGUUCAAGUUUCUUAACAGGGCACAGAGAAUGUUUGGGAGUGCUACACAGGGGUUCUCAUUGUUUGACUCCUCUCCCUACGGAGGGAAAGACCUGAUGUUCACCGAUGGAACCCGGAAGCUUCUUAAAGUUGUAGGAAGCUACUCCUCGUGGCUUGGCCCCAGCUACACAAAGGUUCUUCAGGCUUUUGAAUGUGAAGGUGUCUGCUAAAAGCAUCCUCAACAUGAUCUGUUCUUCCAUGUGCCCAAAUCCCUCCUUCCUGACUGUCUCUCUCUCUGGAUGUGAUUAUGCCACAAGAAUGGAAUGUUCUUCUCCUCACUCACUUUUUAUUUCUUUAAAGCUUUUUGAAUUCUUAACAAGAUCAUUAUUGUUUGUUUAUCACGUAUUACUGCUGCAUUGUUGGUUCAAUUCACUGUGUCUGUAUUGAAAUGAAAAACUCAGGCUUCCUGAAAUGAAAUGAAAUUUCAAUGCACUCUACUCUCAUUAUACCCCCGUCCUUCCGAUCGCUUUGUGUACAAGGUCAAAUUGUACGUUCUACAGUGCAACAGACAUGCUUCUAAUAGGAUCUGAAUUAUGACGGAGCCAGUCAUAAGGUCAGACAGCAUUGGAUUGAGACUUACAGACAUCUAGAGUGAUGAAUGCUUAAGGAGUGGGAGCAGAUUUGUUGUAUUUAACUUUUUGUGCACAGCCUCACAGCUCAUCUAUGCAAGCUUAAUGGUCUUUGGAAAAAUGUAAUGUGUAUGCUGUAAUGUUUUAAUACAGUUUUGAAAUGAAUUAUUUGUUAAGAACUUUACUAAAAACUUGGGAGACAAAGAAAACAGUUGUACGUGAAGCUACUACAAUUUACAUUGACGAAAGUAUUUCUGGAUGUUGCCAGGCAAUAUUUAACGGUAUUGGUUUGGAAAGCAGUGGUCUUGGUACUGUAGCACAGUGAAACUGGAAUGGUAACUCAGUACAGAACCAAUGUAUUGCCAUUGCAGCACAACAGCAAUACAAUUGAAGAUUAUUCUGGAGUUACAGCAGUGGUCUUUCCUGGAGCCCACACCAAAUGUCACCAUCCUUACAUGAAUACUAGUGACACUGCUGCUAAAUCACCCCGGCCAUUCUCAAAUUAUAUGUACUGUAAUAGCAUAGUUUUAAAUCCAAUGCUGUUGCAAAAAUCCAUGAAAUCCAUAAUCUCUGAUCUACUAAUAAUCUUUGACUGUCACCCUGAUUACUCCACAAAUCUGCUGUUGCGUAAUUCAUUACAAAUAGGAACACACAAGCUGUCUGAGUCGAAGGUCCAGUGACCACAAAAUGCACACAUGGUAGACAAUGAAUACCAUAAUACAUGGGGUGGAAUCUGUACUGCAAAAAUGGUACUUAUUCCCUAACAGAUCACUUUAUACCACUGGAAAACAUUGACCGCAUUGCCCUGAAGAAAACGCCGAACCAUUAGGGCAGGGUUUCCAAAUCUUCAUGGCCUGGACACCCAAACAAUGACUCCAUAGACAUACAUGCAUACAUACAGGGAUUGGAAAUGUAGUACAGUCAGCACUCACAUAUCCAACCCUAUAAAAUUUUGCCGUUUAAACGAGUGUAACGCAUAUUAGAUUUUUUCAUUUUGGCUCAUUCCAACCCUUGUCUGUUUUUCAGCGAACACAAAAAAGAUACAAUAUCAAAAAUACAUAUCUGAAAAGACUGUGUUUUAAAAUGAGUAGACUUCCAUUUAGAUGUACUGUAUUGGUUUUGUUGGUACAGUACUAUAUUUUCAACAGAAGUAUUUUAAUUCAGAAUGAUAUGAUUCUGAAAAUAUCACUUGCCAAAAGAGACAACGUGGAUUGUAGUACAGUACAUACAUGUACAAUUCCUCGUUAAUGACCCAACAGCAAAAUUAAAUGAAAAUGUUACCCAUGCACAGAACUGCGUGCAACGUAAAGGGUAAUGCAAUUUAGCAAAAGAUUUAAAAAACAAAAAAAAACAACGACACAGUUUCCAGAAUUAAAACAGUAUCCAAAGUCAGUAUUCAAAAUUGCAGAAUAUAGUGCUCGAUAAGGCCCUAAUGUCACAGUUCACUUGCAAAUGAAAAUGCACAAAAACAACUGAAGAUCACAUAUUUAAAAAACAUACAUCACAGUAUCUAAAACUGUUUAAUGAUUAACUGUUAGAUUACUGUAGCUUGUCUCUUCGCAUUGUUUUGGCUGCAUUUUCGUGAAACUGGAGGAAGAGCUGUGUAACUGCACAGACUGAUUUGGCAUGCAGAGAGGAAAAAAAAAACACGGGCAAUGGAUAUUCAAAUAAAUUUUAACAUUGAAGAGAUGGGCUUUGUAUCAACACAACACAACCUCGACAGCGAUCAUGUCAAUUAAUUUAUCUCUUAGCCUGGGGAACAUUACUUUGACAGAUGUCAUUAUUGUUGAAAGAAAAUAUUUCUGUAUGUGCUUCAGCCCCCCGAAACCAUCUUACAAUCCCCCAUGGGCCCCUGGUACCCACUGGGGAACCACUGCAUUAGAGGAAUGAGCAUUUUCAAAAACACAAUGGAUUCAGAAAAUAUGCAUUAUGUUUCUAAUGUAUGUUUAAAAGUGUUCGGUGCCUACCACUAAUCAAGUUCAGUGUUUCUCAUGCACUCUUUGCUGUGUCCGGCCUGUGGGUGAAGCAAGUCGGGUCUAUCACACAUAGCAUGCAAGAGAAAGUACUCUCUCAACUUGAUGAGAGUUAGCCACCAAACAUUUAUAAACAUAUUAAAAGUAAUUAAAUCUAAAUAAAAAAAGAGACAAAACAUGAUAUUAACACGCUUAAUCUGUUUCUAUACAAACUGUUGUUUAAACCUUUAGAAUGCUUUGUCAUUGACAUUAAGAGCGUGAGAUCUAGACUCUCUGACAUUGUAAAUGUAAUUGCUGCUGAUAAGUUCCAAUGGGGGACGUGACAUAAUUAAUUUCAGAAAAUGAUAAGCAUUUUGUUUGGCAGGUGCUACUGUUUGUAGCUCUGCAGUGUUGGAAAUGUAUGUAGACAUUAACAGGCACAUUAAAAACAGUGUAUUUAAUUGGCAAUAAAAUGUGUCCCUAUUGCGCGGAAUGAUGCUUCAAUUAACAUCACUGUCUCGGGGUGAUGUACAGUAUAUGGACCUGUGACAAUUGGAUCUGACUGCAUUGGGAUGCAGAGCAGUAAAGCAGUUGAUAAAAAUACUUACAGUGUGAUCAAAGCACCAUGGAUUAAAUGAGAUGGAAGGAUGGCAUGCUGUCAUUCCUAAGUGGUAUGUUUUAUACACUGGUGCAUUAUUAGAAUGAUACAGGUGAGAAGAUUGACCACUGUUGAAUUAUUAAAAUGAUUAUUAAAAAUGCUUAUAGGUGAUAAUUAUGAUUUUUUCUUAUAGAAAGGUAUUUCCGUCCUGG